CUUCCCAUCCACACUUGCGAAAAUUGAACAACGUGCAUAGCGUUCUCGUACCUACAAUACCAUACACACACGGAUCAUUUUGCGACGCUAAAUCGUCAAGAUGGUCAACGUUCCGAAGACGAGACGAACCUAUUGCAAGGGCAAGGACUGCAAGAAGCACACCCUCCACAAGGUCACACAGUACAAGGCUGGCAAGGCCUCGCUAUUCGCACAGGGAAAGCGUCGUUAUGACCGCAAGCAGUCAGGUUAUGGUGGUCAGACUAAGCCCGUCUUCCACAAGAAGGCCAAGACGACAAAGAAGGUCGUGCUGAGACUGGAGUGCAACCAGUGCAAGACAAAGGCACAGCUUGCGCUCAAGCGAUGCAAGCACUUUGAAUUGGGUGGUGACAAGAAGACCAAGGGUGCGGCUCUGGUGUUCUAAAUGCGUCUUCUCUGUAUCUGGCAUCUUUGGGCUCGGAGCACACGGUUCAUGAAUGGAUGACAAGGGCAAACGGAGGCCUGCGUCUAAACACAUAUAUGGCAGCUCUCAUAGCGUUAAACAUGCUCUAGAGCGCCAUGAGCGGAUGGCUCAAGCAUAGCAAUUGAAGCAUCAAUCGAUUUCCUUCAUGCCAUUUUUUCCACGUCGUAGGCCUACUUAAGUCUACUUCAGAUUUGCGUGAUUUCUAGUUGUUGAAGACAAAAGAUUUUCUAAGUUCAAACAUACCGCCGCGGCAACUUCUGCACGUUUGUUAUGAUCAAAUAAGAGAACAUUAAACCAACAGCUACAGAAACUUG